AGAAGAAUGCCAUACCUUUGAAUGUUGGAUACCGGGGGAAUCUACUGUCCAAGCACUAUUAUACAGUAAAGUCUGCAAUCUACAACAACGCAAUGGACACCAGCCCAGUAUUACUAGGUAUACUAUAGCGGAUUGACUUUCAUUGAUGGCAUCCAUAUCUAAAGCCCAGCUGGCUCCCUUGCCAAGGACAGAGGUCCUUGUCUAUUGGGUGCUUUCCUUGGGCUCUCAUCUCUACUCUUUCUAUCAACUUCACAGGUUCAGCAAAGAGUAUGAAGCGGGAUUAGAGAGAGAAUUCCAGUUGGAAAAGGGCCUUGUUAAGGGUUUUAAAAGGGACCCUUUAGAUUUUGAGUGGAAUUUCUGGACUGACUGGGCUAAGCACUCUUUACUGUGGACUCUGAUUGGUCAUGCUGUCUUAUCAAGAUUAACCAGCAUCUUUUACCCCAAGCUUAGAGUGCCAGCACUUGCGAUAUAUGGCUUCUUAGCAGCCAGCAGUGUUUUGGGGAUUAAAGGUGUGUGUGUGCUGUUGGUACAUCUGGGCUUGUCCUUUUCUAUGGCCCAGCUGCGAAAGCCCGCUCUGUCGUGGGCAUGUAACCUGCUGCUGCUCUACACACCUCAUAUCAACGAACUUCAAGACAUCCAGAGAGGCUGGUAUGAGAGUGAUGAGGAGCACUAUCUGCUGCUCUUCAGUGUUGCUGUUUGUGGUCUGCGCUUCAUCAGCUUCAGCCUGGAGCACUGCUGGAGCCCUGAAGACCAAUGCAGUGUUGUGCAGCUUUGCUGGCUGUUUUCGUAUACCUUCUAUCAUCCUUUUUUCUAUAAUGGACCCAUUAUAACCUACAAAAACUACAUUGAGCAGAUGCAGAAGUCUGCAGAGGAAAGUAACAGGGAUGAAUCUGCCCUUAGUUACUUGGUGCUCAGAUUAGGUCGGAUCAUUUUGUGGUGGUGUAUUGCAGAAUACAUGAUCCACGUCAUGUACAUGCACUCCAUCCAGUCUAAUGAGACCUACAUAGAAAUUCUUCCUCCUUGGGCCUUAGGUGGUCUUGCUCUAGCUGUGGUCCAGUUCUUCUAUGUGAAGUAUCUGGUACUGUUUGGCCUUCCAUCCAUGCUCGCUACUUUGGAUGAGCUGGUUCCCCCCAAGCUUCCCCGUUGUGUCAGCAUCAUGUACAGUUUCACAGGCAUGUGGAGGCACUUUGAUGACGGACUGUAUCGAUGGCUCAUCAGAUACAUCUAUGUUCCACUGGGAGGUUCACGCCAUGGUCCUCUUUGCAAAAUGUUUUCCACUGGUGUUGCGUUCGGAUUCGUCUGCCUCUGGCACGGUGGACAUGACUUCUUACAGUACUGGGCCCUGAUGAAUUGGGCUGGAGUUCUGGUGGAAAAUUCUGUGAAGGCUCUCUUUGCCUCGACCUUUAUUCACUCCGUAGUUGAGCAGAAUUUCUCUGCGGCGAUGAAAAGGCGAUGCAUCGCCCUUGUCUUUGCCUUCUCCACUGCUAUGCUCAUCCUUUCUAAUCUGGUGUUCCUUGGGGGAAUACAUGUUGGCAGAAUCUUCUGGAAGCGUGUCUUCAUUCACGGCUGGUCUACCAUGGCCCCACCAAUGCUAGCUUUCCUCUACUGCUAUGCUCAGAUUGGACUUGAGUGGACUCCUCACCCACCGUGAGUCACCUUGACUUAAGAGCAGUGACUGCGAAUCCCUGCUACUGGACAGAUACAACAACCUGCUGACUCCACUGCCUUGCUCUCACCAGCCAUAGUCUCACUGUGGCGGACCUGGCUCAUAGCCACACAACCUGUCCAAACCUGGCUGAAGUACGGCUGAGCAGCCACUUUCCAAAACCCGCAGGUCUGCACAAAAUUUGUCUGUAAGCUGAUACUUACAGAGAAAGUUUUCUGAACUUUGGGUGAAAUGUAAGUGCACCCAAACUGUAAUAAAAUGCUGAAAAUUUAGGGCAGUCUGUAAUAGCAGCCCUGAGGCAGUAAGCUAGAUGAAAUCACUGCUAUUCUAAGAAACUGUAAAAGAAAAUGUGGACUGAAUCUCUCUCUUGGUUAUAUGACUUUGACAAGGUAUUGCUCGGAGAAGCUGAAGAAAGUACAGUCUUCCUGUAGCUCUCCACAAAAAACAAUCAGAUGUAGACGGUUGACAAAAAAAAGUAUAUCCAGCUGCAGCUUUUGAUUCAAAACACUAAUCGUGUUGAUUAUCAGUUUAUUACAUCUGGGAUGUAAUAAAUGACAAGCUGUUUUUGGCUUAUUUGUUGUUACACACUAAAUCACCUUUCAUUUCCAAAAUGUCAACAUAACAACUACAUUUAGACAAAAGUAAAAUCUCAUUUUGUUGCAAAACUCAUCUGCCAUCUGUCCAAAUCUGUCAAGUACUUGGUCAUCAAGGACUGUCAGAAUGUGCCUGCUCAGUCAAAGCAAUGUGAUUAACACUGAGGGUUAUGAAACAGCAGAGGAGUCCAAUCCAUUUGUGAUUUACUGUAAAGCUUUUGUUUCAAGGGGGUUUUGCGGCACUUAAGGCACUUUCAAAUUGUAUGUUCAAAGUUACACUGCCAGAUUAAAUGUCAAUGUAUAUUACUCAAUAUUCCUUCCAUUUACUUCAAAAACAGGUAUUAUACUGUACAUAUUAAGAAUAAAUAUAAUAUAGCCUUAUAUACACUCAGUGUUAAUCAGUGUGUUGUUCAACUGUUCAACAUUUCUAAGGACUGUUAUGCAAAUAUCUAAUCAGCCAAUCACAUGGCAGAAACUCAUUGCAUUUUAGCAUGUAGACAUGGUGGAAAAAAAAUGUGAUUUCAGCAACUUUGAACAUAGCAUGGUUGUUGAUGCCAGAAAGGCUCAUCAGGGUAUUUCAGAAACUGCUGAUCUACUGGGAUUUCCCCAAAGAACCGUCUCUAAGGUUUACAGUGAGUGGUCCAAAAAAGAGAAAUUACCCAGUGAGCAGCAGUUCUCUGGGAGAAAUGCCUCAUUGAUCCCAGAAGUCAGAGGAAAAUAGCUAGACUACUUUGAAUUGAUGGAAAGGCAACAGUAACUCAAAUAACUAAGUCACGCAGAAGAGCAUCUCUGAGUGCACACCACAUCAGCGCAGAUGGAUUACAGCAGUGGAAUACCACACCAGGUGCAGCUCCUAUCGGCUAAAAAUGGAUAACUGAGGCAUCACAAUUCACACAGGUCAAUAGGAGGUUAGAACAAUCUUGCCUGCUCUGAUGAGUCUUGAUUUCUGCUGUCACAUUUGGAUGGUUAAGUCAAAAUUUUAAAUAAAAAACAUGAAAGCAUGAAUCCAUCCUGCAC